AUGGUUAAAAACGAAUCCAAUUUCGUUGUUGAGCGCAUAGUAGACAAGCGCAUCACUGGCGAAGGCAAAGUGGAGUACUUCAUUAAAUGGCGUGGCUAUCCGUCAGCGGACAAUACUUGGGAACCAGAAGAAAACUGUGAUUGCCCGGCGUUGAUCCAAAGAUUUGAGGAGUCUCGAGCGAAGUCUAAGAAGCGUGGCGAAAAGAAACCUAAAUGCGAGGAAAUUCAAAAGCCACGCGGCUAUGAUCGUGGUCUGGAAUUGGCCGAAAUAAUGGGAGCCACAGAUGUCACAGGUGACAUUAAGUAUCUGGUCCGUUGGCAAUAUUGCGAUGAAUUCGAUUUGGUGUCCUCCAAACUGGUCACUGAGAAAGAUCCACAAAUGCUUAUUGACUAUUAUGAGAAAAUGGCACCCUAUUCGCGUCACAUAAGCAAGCGAAUGAAAGGAGUGCCGGAGGAGAUGCGAGUGGUGGCCUCUCAAACGGGUUACGCUGUAAAUACACCAGCCCAUCCUGUUCUGCCAGCAGAGACCUUCGAACAAGAACAACAACAGCAGCAUCAUCAGCAGCAACAAUCAACGAUGAGUGAUCUCAGCUUAGUCGACCAACAGGCUCCAAUGCAAUUAGAUGACGAUCCAGAUAUGGGGCAAGUUGGCGUUUCCUAUUCCAUACCAGUUCCGGGUGUGGGUGACAUAGCAAUUGACGUACCCAUGGUAGAGGGUUAAAUUCUUAAUAUAUUUUUAAUUUUCCAUAACAAUUUGACUAUGUAAUAAACAUUAGACUAAGCUUAACGAUUUACCGGCUCAUCCAGAUUGAUUGGGCCAAGUUGACCAGUGCGAAAGAAAUGAAUAAACUUUCGUGCGGCCGCCAAUAAAUUUGUCAUCACCUCUA